AUGUCUCAGGAAGAUUCUCAGGAUGUUGUUGAAAACAAUGAUAGUUAUAUAAUGGAUUCCGAAAUGGAUAGUCUAGAGGAAAGAAUGAAACAAAUUGAAAGGGAGGCUGAAUCUUUACGUCAAAUGCAAAAUGAUGUUAGCCAAAAAAUGUUAACAACUUCUUCCCCUCAAUUUCCUCCAGCACUGACUCCUGAAGAAAAAGCAGAACAAGAUGCACGAUCUGUGUAUGUAGGAAAUGUUGAUUAUGGUGCUACAAAUGAAGAAUUACAAUCACAUUUUGAAAGUUGUGGAGAGGUAAAACGUGUUACAAUUCUCCAUGAUAAAUAUACUGGAAGUCCAAAAGGUUUUGCAUAUGUAGAAUUCGCUAGCGAAGAAGCCGUGGAUAGUGCUUUAGAAUUGUCUGAUUCAUUAUUUAGAGGUCGUCAAAUUAAAGUUAUAAAAAAGAGGACAAACAAACCAGGUAUUAGUACAACGAACAGACCACCACGAGGGCGCGGAAUAAGAGGCCGUAUGCCGAGAGGACGUGGUUUUUUGGCAACUCGUGGAUUCAGAGGAAGAGUAGCUUUUAGAGCCAGGGGUGGUGGUUUCAGUUAUUGA